AUGGUUGUUAGGGAUUAGCCCGAAUAAGUACUAAUGGCUCUCACUGCUGAUUUUGAAUCUCUCUCUAUUAGAUUAAUAAAAAAAAGACCAAACAUGCGCAGGUUCCGUUCCGCUUCGCUUCGUUCUGACAUUGGCGCAUAGCACGACAAGAUGAUCUCAUGCUUGCUUCUCGACGAAUCAGGACUACUUCUUGAAUGACGAUGACUUCGAUCGAUUAUCGCCGCUCACCAACACGACGAUUGGCGAGCUCCUCGGCUUCGAUGUCGCUCCCGCCAACGCGUCUGACAUCUGUUCACACCGAGUUGUCCAAAGACGAGCCCACCCAGUAUUCGACCUUACCCUACCCGACUCUCCAGACCAGAGACACGUGUCUCGCCACCGAUCCUCUGAUCAAUGCACGCAGGAAUGAACAUCGAUCUUUGGCCGUCGCGUCGACCCGUUUGCGAUCGGCUAGGGUGGCAGUGCACCCGAGCAGAAUAUGUUCAAAGCUGAGCGCUGCGAGCUCAACGAUGGAUGGACAACAUCGUCGCUAUCAACAGAACUGACCGCAACCGUAUCGCUGUCGCACGUCGCAUACUGAACGGAUUGCAAAGGCAAGAGCAAGACUGGCUUCUACCCUUGGGGGAGGAACGAGUUUGGUUUAUGUUCUGAGAUUCUCAAGUCAGUACACCAGUCCUUCAGUUGGCCCACUCGUGUCCAUCUCGUAUCUGAGGCAACUUGCUUAUUCCGCGUCUCUACUAACUCAGGUCAGGAUUGGCUCGGUGAAGACGCGGUGGACUUGUCGAUUGAAAGUGUCCUUCGAGCUGGUCGAGUGCAGAAUACCAAUUCCGAGACAUCGUACGGACUCAUACCCUCUACCGUCAUCUCCUUGGUACUGGCUCGCCCUCCCGAAUCGGAUCCUUAUUUGAUCUUCAAGGCCUGCUAUUUCGGCCCGCCAAACCAGUAUCGGAAUCGUAUCGAGCUAGGCGAUUGCAUACGCAACGCGCCGACCUCAAAGUCAAUCCGGGUUUUACCCCUUUGCUUCGAUAAUCAUUGGGUUUUAGCCCGCAUCAACAUGCACAAGCGGACUUGCUCUGUGACCAACUCACUCUCGGUCAUUCCGAUCAUCGCGGCUACUCAGACGGCCGUCCUUACGCUGUUCAACUUUCCGAAGCUGGACAUCAAAAAUGAAUCACCUUAUAUUGCUAAGACGGAACGACAGGAAGACAGCUAUUCCACGGAUGCGAAAUUCCAAGGCAAACUCUGGUAG